AUGAGACUAACUGACUCGGAUUGCUUUGUGGGGCUUAGCCGACGGUUCCAUCUGCAGAAUCUAAGGCGUGGCUUGAUCGUUUUGACUGUCUGCUUGAUAUUCGGCACUUUUCUGCUCUUCCCCCAGCUAAAAGAUCACAUCAUCCCGCUAGCCUUGUCGCGAUAUGGAAAAUAUACACACUCGGGUUAUUCGGAAAUUUGGUCUGCUCGGUUGACUAACAUCCAUGGAUCUCGCAGUUCCUCGGUGAGCUUCUAUGUGAACACAAGUACGACGACAGAAACUGGAGAAUAUAGAACGCAUAUAUUAGAGACUUCACAAGAUUCGCACGCUAUCCCGUAUUAUCCUUACCCGGAUUAUAAUAGUGCAGAAUGGAAGAACAUGUGGAAAGGGACUUAUCAACAAUGUAUGGGACCGAACAGGACGAUAUUAGGUCGGAAUAAUGAAGAGUUCCUGUUAAAAGGUUACCAAUGGGAUCAAUCAAGCUUCCCAGCUCCGAUAUUUGGUUCAUACAAGGCAUGGAACCUCGAUGAUAGUAUUUGUACUGAUCGAUUCUCACAAUACGCUGCAUACGGAUAUGGGAAUGAGGACGAUGAAUUUUGGGAAGACCUCAACUGGGGAACCUUGCAGCAGGAAUGUGUUGAACGCAAUGCUGGACGGUACCAACGCCCCAAUCCAGUGGACAGGAUAACCACACUUCAUCAGUCGCAUGAUCGCCAGGUGAAUGCAAAUAGCUCCGAAGCUUCUCAAGAUCCUUCUCAGUCCAACUAUCACCCACGGACAGCUGUGAUCUUACGUUCCUGGAUUGAUAAACGAUAUACCUCAAAUGACAUUUUGUUCAUUCGCUCCAUGGUCAUGGAGCUCUCAUUGCAUUCCGGGGGAGAAUACGAGGUUGUUCUUCUCGUCGACUCCAAGGAUGUUGAACUUCCUGAACCGGAGGAUAAAUCCGGCAUGGAGGAGUUUAAAAGAAGCCACCUCCCAGAGGAACUUCAAGAUAUUGCCGUGUUCUUUAAUCAAAAGAUGCUUGCGGAUUGGUACCCCAAGAUCAAUGUGCACGUUGCGAUCUUGCAAUAUUUUCAGCCCGUACAGAUCUUCUCACGGUUAAACCCUCAGUACGAUUACGUCUGGCAGUUCGAGAUGGACUCGCGUUAUACGGGUCAUCUAUACCAUUUCCUCGAACAAGCAGGCGAAUUCGCAAAGCAACAACCUCGAAAGCAUCUCUGGGAACGUAACUCUUACUUCUACAUUCCCGCAGUGCACGGUGACUGGGACAAAUUCGUGGACACAGUAGACCAAAGCAUGGGCGACCGCGAAGAUAUUUGGGGUCCGAACCCAGCGAAGGGAAUUAACGUUAAAAGCAAGGCGCCGGCUGUUCCCCAACCAGAUGAACAGGAUAGCCAAUGGACCUGGGGAAUCGAUGAGGAAGCCGACGUCAUCACCUGGAUGCCACAGUUCAAUCCUAAAAACACGAAGUGGCCAUUCCGAGACCGAAUUUUCAAUUUCAAACAGGGUUCUAGUACGCCUGUUCGGUCAUCCCCGGUCGCUAUGUCUCGUGUUUCGGCUCGUCUGCUUAGACUCAUGCAUGCUGAUAAGACUCGUGCUGGAUUUGGGUUGGCUUCGGAGAUGUCGCCUAUCUCCUGGGCUCUCUUCUAUGGACUCAAGUCGGUUCAAGUACCCAUGCCAGUAUACCAUGAGUUGAAAUGGGAUCCUGUGAAGCUUAAUCAGCGUGCCAAUCCUGGUGAGCCUGGUAGUGUUAAUGCGGGUUGGAAUAGUAUUUGGAGCUGGGAGAUGCAUGACGAUAUUAUGUUGAAGUUGUCGUAUAUGUUUUCUUCUGAUUUUCCGGGGAAAUUAUAUCGAGCUUGGCUUGGGCUUGAUGACACGGUUGAGUGGGAGAAAAAUCACCGCCGACUCUGUCUGCCUCCGAUGCUCAUACAUCCUGUCAAAGAUACGGAGUAA